GAUUUUUAAGUGCGGUCCUUCAAUGUGUCUGCGCCCAGUGAAAGUUGGAGGAUAGAAAUGUCAACACAACUGAAAAUAUUUGUAGCUGGUGAUGUUGAAGGAAACUUUGAUCAGCUGUUCUCCAGAAUAAAAAAUAUACAGAAGAAGAGUGGAAACUUUGAUCUUCUAUUAUGUGUAGGAGACUUCUUUGGUACAAACUUUAUGGCAUGGGAAAGUUACGUCAAAGGAGAGAAGAAAGUGCCAAUAGCUACAUUAAUUCUUGGACCAAACAAGUUUGAACAUACAGAUUAUUACAAGAAUAAUGAUGGUGGAGAUCUUUGUGACAAUGUCACAUACUUAGGGAAAAAGGGAACAUACAAUGGUAGUUCUGGUUUAACCAUUGCUUACUUAAGUGGUACAGAGAGCAGUGAAGGUAAAUCUGGAGAAAUAAACUUCUCACAACAGGAUGUGACAUCACUGUUAUUACCUGUUGCUACGGAUACCAAGUUCCAGGGGGUUGAUAUCCUUAUAACAUCACAGUGGCCUAAAGGAGUAGACAGAUAUGGAAUUCCAGUGGGAGAGCUUGAUACAACAAAUGUAGGAUCAAGUCUAGUUUCACAGCUAGCCAUCAAUCUGAGGCCAAGGUAUCAUUUUUGUGGAAUGGAAAAUGAGUUUUAUGAAAGACAGCCUUAUAGAAACCACAAAGUUUUAGCAGAGAAAGAAAGACAUGUUACCAGAUUUAUUGGAUUAGCUAAACUCAGUAAUACUCAAAAGAAAAAGUAUUUGUAUGCCUUUAGUAUCACACCUCUCUCUUCAAUUGACCAAUCAGAAUUAACCAAACAAACACCAGAUGUGACCGAAUGUCCUUUUAAUAUGGAAGAGAGUAAACCAAAACAAGAGAAAGAGUCUGAUGCACAGUUUUUCUAUGACAUGACUCCAAGAGAAGAAAAGGGUAAAAAGAGACAAAGAGAUAAAGAUGGAGGACCUGAUAGAAAGCAAAUUAAACACAAGGAACCCACUGGUCCAUGUUGGUUUUGUUUAGGUAGUCCAGAAGUUGAAAAACAUCUUGUGGUCAGCGUUGGCAUACAUACAUACUUAGCAUUAGCAAAAGGAGGUCUUGUAGAUGAUCAUAUACUCAUAUUACCUAUAGGUCAUCACCAGUCAACAACGUCAGCGCCAUCAGAAGUUAUUGAUGAAAUAAACAGGUAUAAAACUGCCUUGAAGAAAUUCUUUAAACAAAUAGGGAAGUCAGUUGUAUUUUUUGAAAGGAAUUAUAAAACUCAGCACUUACAAAUUCAGGUAGUUCCUGUGCCUAUAGAUUGUGUUCAGGAGUUAAAAGAUGCCUUUAUGCAGUGUUCAGAGGAGGAAAAUGUUGAACUCAAUGAAAUACCGAAACAUUCUGACUUAAAACAGAUUGUUCCAUCAGGAACACCAUAUUUUUAUGCUGAAAUUCCUUCAGGAGAAAAGUUACUUCACAGAAUCAAGAAACAGUUUCCGAUUCAGUUUGGAAGAGAUGUUCUUUCUAGUGUACAAGUUCUGAACAUGCCAGAGAGAGUUGAUUGGAGGAACUGUAAAAUAUCAAAAGAUAAAGAGGCACGGCUAGCGGCAAAGUUUAAAGAGGACUUCAAACAAUUUGAUUUGAAUUUGGACUGAUGAUCAUACAU